AUGGUGGGAACUAUUGUGGCCGACAAGUCGAUGCAGAUGCGCUUGAAGCAAUUCGUUGUUUCUGGCCGAGCGCUGCCUACGGAGCGUGAGCCGGAGCCCGCCGUAUACCGCAUGACCAUUUUCGCCCGCGACUCUGUGGUUGCCAAGUCGCGCUACUGGUACUUCCGCAAGCGCCUGCAUGGAGUGAAGAAGAACCGCGGUGAAAUUCUGGACGUAGAGGUUAAACCUGAGGAGGAGACCGACGCCGUCAAGAACUACGGCAUUUGGCUCAGAUACGACUCCCGUACCUGCACUAUAAACAUGUACAAGGAGUUCAGAGACAUCACCAAGGCCGGCGCGCUUUCCCAGAUGUAUAGCGAAAUGGCGGGCCGCCAUCGCGCCCAGGGCAGGUCCAUCCAGGUCCUGAAGAUUAAGGAGCUCACUGAGGAGGAGGUUAAGCGCCCCCAGAUUCUCCAGCUCCUCCCUGCGGACCUCAAGUUCCCCCAUGUCAAGAGACUUCCUCUCUGCAACAAGAACAGACGCACGAAGUUCCAGGCCAGAAGACCCACUACCUUCCACAACUAG